UCCCUCGGCGGCCGCGGCAGCGGGAGGGCGCUGGGGGCCGGGCCGGGCCGGCCAUGGCGGCGGAGGAGGAGGAGGGCGAGGUGGACUGGGUGGUGGACACCAUCGCCGGCUUCCUGCGGGGGCCCGCCUGGGCCGUGCCCGUCCUGGAGUUCAUGGAGCAGAAAUGCGAGGUUUUUGAUGAUGAAGAAGAAAGCAAGUUGUCUUAUACAGAAAUUUAUCAGGAGUACCAAGCGUUGGUUGAAAAAUUAUUAGAAGGUUAUCUUAAAGAAGUUGGCAUUACUGAAGAGAAAUUUCAAGAAGCUUUUUCAUCUCCUCUUGCAAAGACACAUACUUCACAGGCGAUCUUGCAAACAGUGCUGGCAGCAGAAGAUUUCAGACUAUUUAAAAAAAUGAUGGUACAAAAAAAUAUUGAAAUGCAAUUGCAAGCCAUCAGAAUCAUGAAAGAAAGAAAUGGUGUAUUGCCUGACUGUUUGACUGAGGGUUCGGAUGUGUUCAGUGAAAUUGAACAAGAAGAAAUGAAAAUACUCAGGGAGGUUCUAAGAAAAUCUAAGGAAGAAUAUGACAUGGAGCAAGAAAGGAAAAGGACCGAGGAAGCACAUACCCUUAAAUCACCAGAUGUGACCAGUUUUCCAGGAGAUUCAAGAGAAACUGUAAGAGUUAAGGAGUCUACUGAGGGAGCUGAUGUUUCUGAAGAAACUCCAAAAAUUUCAUUAGAGGAAUCCUGCAAAUCUGCAAGGGAAGACCUAAAACCAGUACGCCCAUUACAGAAAGGAACAGAAAGCUUACCUCAGCCAACCAAAGGCAAAGAAGAUGUUAAGAAGAGAACAUCUGAAAAGCGUUCAGAAAAUGCAGCACAAAAAGCCAGGAUAGAAGGACCUACUUUAUCAGAAGAGCAGCAGCUGAAGCAACGGGAGGACUACCUCAAGAAAAAGAGAGAUAUGCUGAUGGCUACAAAGAAGGAGUCAAGAAAUAAUGUGAUUCCACCAAAAAACACUGACCAGAAAGAAAAGGAAUUGUCUCCUAAAGAGGAACUCUCAGAAGAGAAGCAAAAGUUACUGCAGAAGAGGAAAGUGCUUGCAGAAAAACUAAAAGAAGAAGUUAUUAAUAAGCGGUAAUGUUAAGAAGCUCAUUGCAGGUUUCAAUAAUAAGCAACUUUAAAAAAAAAUAACCAAUAAUUGAAUGGAUUUGUUUUCAAAUGUUACAUUUAGUUUUAUAGAACUUUCAGACAAGCAACUGGACUUGUAUAAAGUCUUUGAAAUUACACUCAAAACAGUGAAAACAUAUUUUCCAGAAUGCUGUAAACUCAUUGAUUUUCACUGGAAGGUACUCAACAACGAGGCAGUUUAACAUUAGCUCAGCACACAGAUUGUGUGGACUACUGGCCUCAGUCACUUAAUAGAACAAAAGCAAAUAUUUAUAUCUGUUAAAAUAAUAAUGUAAACAGUUUUGAAUGAGUUAUAUAUAUUUUUUUUUUUUAGGAUUAGGGAACUUGGUUCUUUUCAUUAGAAUAUUACAAAUAAGUUACUAUUUUUCAGCUGUAAAGUAUAAUAAAAUUUAAGUUCACAAAGAAAUGUUACUAUGAUUACCUUAUUUUUUGAGAAACAGAUAACAGCUUGAAGUCAGGAGUCAAGACAUCCAGAUUGUAUUAUUUUACAUACUUUUGGAGCAGUUUACUAGUGUCUUGGAUUCAAGUUUGCUAUGAAUGCAAGUUGAGAAAAACUUUAGUUGCAAAAUAAGAACUAGAGCAAAUGAGACCAAUUUAGUUCUAAAUCAGUUUUUAAACAAAACAAAAAUCAUUUAAAUCUCUCAAAGACAAAUGUAAAGUUGUGCAAAUUACAGCCUCUGCUGUGCUUCAUUUCAUUACAUCGUUGUCUGUAACAGUAAUUCACAUUAAAAGAACAACCCAACUA